AUGAUAAAAAAACACGAUGAAAAGAUCAUCUUGUCCUCUGCUAGGGUUCCACGAGAACCUGGUCCUUCUGUGCUGCCAUCUUUGAAACCAGGCGCUGCGAGAGGCGGAGGCAACUCAACACAGGGAGAUGGCGUCGACGAGGAAGGUGAGGCGGAGGGGGCGGAGGGGGAAGCGGUGCAGCUUGGGCGAUUUACUCUAUUUAUUGAUGGGAUUUCCGAUUUGGUGGGUUAUCCCCAAAUCAAAUCCCUUUUCGGCAAGGUUGGGAGGGUUGAGAAGCUCUUCGUGCAGAGGAAUCGCAAGGCUGGGAGGAGGUUUAGGUUUGGGUUUGCUCAAUUCUUCUCAAGGGUCCAAGCAGAGGCGGCGGUGGCUAAGCUCAACGGGACAAAGAGUGGUGGUGUUCAUCUUUCGGUAACAGUGGCGCGGUUUCCCUAG